AGGGCCGGCUCUGGAGAGGCCAGGGUUGCCCGGCGGCCAGCGGGAACGCGCUCCGGGGGGUGGGGACGCGCGAGCUCACGACUGCUCAAUGACAAAUCGAGUAGGGACGGCUGGGGUCCAGCCCCAGGACGGGGCGGGGCGCCCGUGAGAGCGGCGAGUCUGGUUGUGCCCACAGCUAGAGCGGUGGUGGGACGGAUUCUCCAGCUCCCCAUCUGGGCCAUCUGUCCACGUGUCACCGCCUCAGACCAGCAGGAUGGCUGCCAACAAGGGCAAGAGCCAGGGCUCCCUGGCCCUCCACAAGGUCAUCAUGGUCGGCAGCGGAGGGGUGGGCAAGUCGGCGCUGACGCUUCAGUUCAUGUAUGACGAGUUUGUGGAAGACUAUGAGCCCACCAAAGCCGACAGCUACAGAAAGAAAGUGGUUCUGGACGGAGAAGAGGUCCAGAUAGACAUUCUGGACACAGCCGGCCAGGAGGACUACGCCGCCAUCCGAGACAACUACUUCCGAAGCGGAGAGGGCUUUCUGCUUGUCUUCUCCAUUACGGAGCAUGAGUCGUUCACCGCCACGGCCGAGUUCAGGGAACAGAUUCUCCGAGUCAAGGCCGAGGAAGAUAAAAUCCCGCUGCUGGUCGUGGGCAACAAGUCUGACCUGGAGGAGCGGAGGCAGGUGCCCGUGGAUGAGGCCCGAGGCAAAGCGGAGGAGUGGGGUGUGCAGUAUGUGGAGACGUCAGCGAAGACCCGGGCCAAUGUGGACAAGGUGUUCUUUGAUCUCAUGAGAGAAAUCCGAUCGAAAAAGAUGUCAGAAAACAAGGACAAGAAUGGCAGGAAAAGCAACAAGAGCAAGAAGAGUUUCAAAGAGCGGUGCUGCUUGCUGUGAGCAGGACGUGGGUGCAGAGCAGCGUGGGCCACGCUGCAGCGUGAGGCUGGAGGUGGCCUCCAGCCCGGCUUCCUGCUCCCGCAGCUGCAUUCACUGUCACUUCUUUAAAUGGGACAGUAUCUGUGCGUCGGUGGCUGGCAAAGAAAAGAUGCCUUUCUCUGUGUACUGGAUCUCUUAAUUUUGGCAGGAGCUCAGAGAGUCUACCCCACCCCCACCCUUCCCGAACCAUGGCCACCACCAGCUCUAGGGACAGAGUGCUGGGGAUCAGAAAAAGUAUUGUCACAGCCUCUUAUGUCCCCUAGUUUUAGGACAUGACCAUCUUUUGUUUGAAACUCAAAAUGCUCCAUUUUAGCUGGGAAUGGUGGUGCACACCUGUAGUCCAAGGACUCUAGAGGGUAAGACAGGGAGGGUAGCCUGAGCUCAAGACCAGCUUGGGCUACCUAGCGAGACUCUGUCUCUAAAAGAAAAAAAAAAAUUACUGUCUUAUUUUCUUAGAUUUUAGAAGAGGGUCUCCAGCAAGACCCCUUGUCAGUUCUUACCAGUUUAGAAGUACACAGAAAAAACCCUAAGCUCUGAUAAUACUGAAAACAAAAGAUUUCUUUCUUUCUUUCUUUCUUUCUUUCUUUCUUUCUUUCUUCCUUCCUUCCUUCCUUCCUUCCUUCCUUCCUUCCUUCCUUCCUUCCUUCCUUCCUUCUUUCUCUCCCUCUCUCUCUCCCUUCCUCCCUCCCUCUCUCUCUCUUUCUCUCUCUCUUCCUCCCUCUCUUCUUCCCUUCCUCCCUCCCUCUCACAUAAAUUCCUGGGCCUUGGAAGCAGAAUUAGAAAGAUGACCUUCACUUGGGCCAGAUAGGCUGCACCAAGCUUCCUGGCGUCAGUGGGCCGCUCUCCGUAUUUAAAUGCCAGCCAGGUGCUGGCUGUGGGCUUUCCCUCCUCAGCACCCUUAUUUAGUGAGGAAACGUUCUGUGGGGGCGAUGCAGGCCUACACUCCAUAGUGAGCUUGUUCUCUGUGACUGGGUCACUCUCCUGUCCUCUGGUGUCCCCCUACCCCGCCCACCCACAGCAGCCAUGUCACUACGUCCCUCUCCACUCACUCCACCAGCAGAGGCCCGGCAGGCAGGCCUGUUCUUUUUCUUCCUUCUGUGACCAGUUCAAAUCAUGUCCCACAACAUGAAGCCAGUGCCAGCACUGGACCGUCUGCUACCUCUCCAGAGUCCUGGUGACUCCCAGUUUAGAAGAGGGGGAGGCCCGGGGGGGCCAUCACCUGUGGCUCCCUGGCAGCUGGUUCUGGUGGCGCUGACAGUAGCGGGGUUCCAUAGGCCGUGCCCACUCUCCGGUGAGCUCCUGAAGCUUGGUCCCGGGGAAGGGGACCCCGGGACGGCAGACUGCCGCUGAGCACACACCCCUCCCAUCUUUCAGAAGUGAACAUUUCCUGGUUAGGUGCCGAAUGUGAGUCCGGGUGGGGUGAACAGGAGCCCUUGGAAAUGGAUGGCUUUUAUGGAGGUUACGGGAACUAAGGUCUGACCCCUGGAAACUGAUCUUGUGUCACUUCCAAAGAAUCAUGGGCUUUUUCGAAUAAAAAAAAUAUAUACUUUUCA